AUGCCUCCCUGGCAAGCAAAGACUUCAGCAGCGCCAACUGCGCAAGGUUUAUCUCAACGCCUGCAGGGCGCAGAGACGCAUGAGACACUGAGAGGAGACUUGGAGCAAGACCAGGGUAUCUCAAACGUCGCAGAACUAGAUUUUACCCAGCUAGAUAUGACCCUAGGAUCAGGCUAUCCAGCCAGCCAACAGACUCCUGGACUAUUUCCCACAUAUCCACAAGAUGAUUGGACAUCUCCAAGUCGGGGCUCGCCCCUUGAAUAUAAUUCAUCAUUCUCAGGCCAAGAACUCAUGUUCUUCGACCCCACUUUGAUGGUUGACUACCCAAGUCAAAGUCCAGACAACUCUCAACAGAGGCCAUCCGAUGAACUGCCUACAGGCAAUUAUGAUGACCUGUGGCUAAAUAACUUCUCGUCCAACUUCUCGCCGGGUAUCCAGAGUCAAACAAAUCAAGCUCAACAAACUCAACGAGCUGGUUCUCAUCCCUCUUCCUACACACCACCCCUCAUGGACAACUCGCAUCCAGGUCUUCCGCGACGGAGGAGUCGGUAUCUUCGGUCCCCUGGUCAAACCCCCCGGCCCAUUUCUAUUCCCCACUCGAGUACGGGAAAUGGCAUGGAUCCUAUGCAAAGAUGGCAAGACUCCCCUCCAGAGACUGAAGCAGCAUCGUUGAGUGCUAUUGCUGGCGCAUUGAAACAUGCUUUCCCGCGCCCCAGCUCCUCCGAGAGCCCGCGAAGUCGGGGACCAGGGAGCCGAGGCUCUCGAGCAGCCUCGACGACAAGCUUUAACAGCGAGAACACAAGUCGAUCGUCGAGAUCCGCAACUUCGGUCCAUUCAUCUACGUCCAAGGACCUUCUGGCUCGCCCAAUGAGCUCGCGAGUGGGGAUUACGAAAAAGAAACGCGGCAAGAACACCGCCCAACCGCGUCGAGCCUUUCAAUGCACAUUCUGCUGCGACUCGUUCAAGAGCAAAUACGAUUGGUCGCGUCAUGAGAAGUCACUCCAUCUUAGCCUUGACGGGUGGGUUUGUACACCUCAUGGGGGGUCAGUGGUGUCUCCAGACACGGGGAUAAGCCAUUGUGUGUACUGCAACUCACCAGAACCCACUCCUGAACAUCUCGAAACCCACAAUCACAGCCUGUGCCAAACGAACGGCCCACCACACAUCUUCAACCGAAAAGACCACCUUGUUCAACAUCUCAAGCUUGCUCACCAGCUGAAAAGCACGCCGGCCAUCGAUAACUGGAAGGUUGAGGCGCCGCCAAUGGUAUCACGCUGUGGCAUCUGCAACACCAUGUUGGAUACCUUGAAAGGUCGUGUAGACCACCUAGCGCAGCAUUAUAGGGAAGGGAAAACCAUGGAUGACUGGCGAGGAGACCAUUGCUUUGAGCCGUCCAUCGCAGCUCGUGUCACCAACGCGCUCCCUCCGUAUCUUAUUGGCCCGGAGUCAAAGAGCAUUGUGCCCUUCUCUGCGACGGAUUCGGGCACGAAAGAUCACUUGUCACAGAUCCGAAAAUCCCACGAUGAUUGGAUUGCCGGUCAGGGAGAGGCUGAAAUAGAUGACGAGCCAUCAACGUCGCUGCCAGCGCUCAUGGACAACGAUCCCACGUCGACGUUUGUCAACGUGCUCACGUUAGGGCUAGGCCGCUAUGCUCGGCAACAGAUGAAACUCGGCAUCAUUCCCACCGACGAGAUGUUUCAGAAUGAGUCGAGACGAUUGUUAUAUAGGACGGAAGACGCUUUUGACCAAACCAUUGCGGACAACACCGAGUGGCUUGGUGCCUUCAAAAGGCAACACAUGGGCGGGAAUCCAAAUGGAGUGCCUCAAUAA